UUUAACCUGUGGUAACAUCGUCACAAUUUCUUGAUUACCUAAAUGUUGGGAUUAUGUUUGAUUUGCCCUGGAUAAAUAAAAUAGAAAUAUCUAACAUAAUGUUAAAGAGAGUUUUGGCGGAAUUUGACAAAUAAAUUUUUGUUAUUUAUUGAUAUAAUACAAUCAAAAUGAAUGAAAGGGAUAUACCAAGUGUCCCUAUUACAACAUUAGCAGGAGUAGCCAGCUUGACAGACCUUCUACCAGUGUUACCACUUCCAACACCUUUGCCAUCAACGUUAAAUAAUAAAUCUCAACUGUUUCAUCCAAGAGUUGCUGAAGAGGCUGCAAUAUUGCUAGCAACUCGUGAUGAUAACUUGGUGUCACUGCUCUUGCAAUCUCUUAUGCAAACCUCUGUACAGCACAUUGAUUUAAAAGAUGAGAGUAUACCAAAUGCAGUGAGUCCUGCUCCUCAACAAUCCACACCAGAAUUGCUGAAAGCGAUCUUAAAUGUUAAUCCUAAUGUGUUUGAUCAGCAGCAAAGAAAUCAUUGGGGCAACAACCAUUUACAUGCAGCAAAAUUUAAUGGCAUGUCGCCAUCUGAUUCAUACAACUAUGCCUCACACAACACUGUUAAUUCAAGUCCAUCAACACAUGGAACUACAGUGCACCAACCGACCAUUCCAAACCAGCAACUCCUGGCAACACCUUGUCAAUCAUCACCACAUGUCAAUAUGGGAUCCCCUCCCUCUCAGUCUAGACCUGGCAACCAAGUUAACAUCACUGAACAGAAUAAUGUAUCUCCUUUGUGGAACAGUGGGAAUUCCUCCAACACAUACACAAGUCCAUUAGCAAACACCAUGACCCCUAAUUCCCAAAAUGGUGGAUUCUAUAAUAGUCUAACACAGGACUCCAGGAAUUUUGGGACAAAUUUGAACGAAGAUAAAGAUCCUCUUUCUAUGUCGCCUGGAAAUCAACCUGAUCAACAAAGACUGCACAUGCAAUCCCAAGAGAAGCCUUUUGAGCAAGCAGAUGGGAACGUGGUCACCGGUCAGUCGCCGGCGCAGGCGAGCGUGGCUCCGUCGCCGCUGCGGCAAGAGCCGCACGUGCCGCAGCCGUCGAUGGGCGCGCCCUACGCGCCGCCCGCGCAGCCCGACAAGCAGGAGCCUAACAAGAGCACCGGCGCCAACAACAGAUACCCUGUGGUCAAGAUUGGAAGGCUUUCGGAGGGACUUUUGAAGAAGCAUGAACCACCUAGUGAUGAGAGAACUCGUAAAAAUAGUACACUCGAGUCGGACUCUGAUGAUAAUGCGCCACUAAAAGCUAAAUCGAGCAGUGCAACACCCACUGUAGACAAAGAGAGAGAAGCAAUAGAUAUAGCUAGAGAAAAAAAUUGGGAAGCAGUGAAAAGAAAACACGAAGAAGCCAGUAAGAAAGAAGAAGCUGAAGCUGCUAUUGUUCGCCCAAAAUUGCGUAAAGUCGAAAGAAGAUUAGUACCUGUACUAGAAAUGUUAUCUGUUGACGAAUUAAUGGAGACAAAUACGUAUCAGCGUUUUAAUAAAUUAAUCGAAACAGUAUUUGAAACUAUUGACGAUGACGUUAUCAUUACUGAUGAAAUGGAAGGGACAGAUAUCCCUGAAGAACUUUUACUACCGCGUUAUCAACUUCAAGAGCUGUGUUCUGAGGCAGCUAAACUAAAGAAUCUUGGUGCUAUGGAAGCAAUUCCUUCAGACAGAUUAGUUCGCUUACUGAAUAUAUUGGAGAAGAAUAUUAGAGCUGCGGAAAAAAUGUCGUUAGUUGGCGAUCCGGAUGACAGUGAAGAGAUGCGACAAAUAUGGAUAGAAUCAGCUCAAGAGAGAGUUAUGUGCGCAUCGGACGCGUGUCUGACUUCUUUAUACAUAAUGACCUCACCGAGUAUGCCUAAGCGCGUUUUUCUAGAAGAUGUUAUAGAUAGAAUCAUUAUGUUCAUUAAAUUUCAACUCAAUAACACAAUAUACUGUGUGUACGAUCCUGUAUAUAGCAUCCAGACCACCUCCAAAAAGAAAGUGGACGGUCGGAAGAGGCGGGGCGGGGGUGCGGGCAACGCGACGCGGCGCGGCGGCGGCGGCGGCGGCUCCACGCGCGCCGUCCGCGAGUUGUACACUCACGCGCACGAGUGCGUGACAUUGUUGGCCGAGCUACUGGCGGCGCAUCACCUCACCGACACUACGGUGCUGCACGCGUCUACAGUGGGCGUGUCGCCGUUCUUCGUGGAGAACGUCAGCGAGCUGCAGCUGUCGGCGCUGAAGCUCGUCACUACGAUAUUCACCAAAUACGAGCAACACCGACGGCUUUUGUUAGAAGACAUACUGGCGUCGAUAGCUCGUAUACCUAGCUCGAAGCACAACUUACGGUCAUUCCAGUUGAGUUCAGAUCAACACAUACAAAUGCUCACGGCUCUCGUACUACAGCUGGUGCAGUGUGUCGUCACCCUGCCGGAGUCAAUGUGCAAGUCUCAGGAUAAAGAUAAGGAACAUCCUGAAUCUGAGAGUAAGAAACACGUCGACAAGGAUCUACUCAUAAUUUCGAAGUAUGAAGCGGCGAUCAGUGUGGGCGGCACGUUCCUGACGUCGUUCCUCAACAAGUGCCGCAGCCGCUCCGAGGAGGUGGACUUCCGGCCCCUGUUCGAGAACUUCGUGCACGAUCUACUCACCACCGUCAACAAACCAGAAUGGCCCGCUACUGAGUUGCUGCUCAGCCUUCUUGGAACUAUGCUAGUGAAAUACAUGUCGGACAAAUCCAUGGAGAUGCCGGUGCGCGUAGCGUCACUUGAGUACCUGGGGCUGGUGGCGGCGCGGCUGCGGCGCGACAGCGUGCACUCGCGCGCCAAGCUCGCCACCAUGGACGCCGUCGUGCGCGACAUCCGCGCCGAGGAGGAGAAGGACGGCAACCAGACGCAGAUCAUUCCUACAUCUGGUAGGCGGUCGUUGGACGCUUCGCGCGCCGGCGAUGCGUGGUCACAAGACUAUUCUGCCUUAGCUGCCGCCCGUUCGGGUAUUACGUCAGGACUCGAUGAAGAUGAAGAAAGAACUGAGUUUUUACAACGAGUCUUACUUGAUUACCUCGCCAUCAACGGACAAAAGGACCAGGCAUGGAAUUGUGCGCGACAUUUCUACAUCACCCAGUGGUACAGAGACAUGGUUGUGCAACCUAAAAGUUCGUCUCCUACUAAAAGGCCGAAGAACAAAUCUAAAAAGCGCUACAAAGACGAAAGCAGCGAGGAAGAAUCUGAACCCGACGACGACAGCGACAAAGAAACCAAGGAGAAGAAACAAACGAUAAGCGCGGUUAUAUCGGCGGAGAAAUUCAAGACCAACGAGAGGCGGAAGCAUUUCUUUCUGGAGAAGAUUCGACCGUUCCGUUAUCAAGGCGGCACUCAAGUACAAGUGAUGCAGUCGUAUAUAGACUAUGGUGGUGCAGAGUUAAUAUCUCAAUAUCUCGCCUCGAAGAGGUCUUUUUCGCAAAGUUUCGAUAGAUAUCUGCGAAAGAUUCUAGUGAUAUUGUGCGAGAAUACGAUAGCGAUUCGGACUAAAGCUAUGAAAUGUUUAGCGAUGAUUGUGGAAGCGGACCCGGCGGUGCUGGCGAGGCCGGACAUGCAGAUCGGCGUCAACCGCUCUUUCCUGGACCAGUCCACAGCCGUGCGCGAGGCGGCCGUCGACCUCGUGGGAAAGUUCGUCCUCAGCCGCCCCGAUCUCAUUGACAAGUAUUAUGGAAUGCUCUCAAAUAGAAUUCUUGAUACGGGUGUGUCUGUUCGGAAACGUGUGAUAAAAAUCCUCAAAGACAUUUGUAUAGAGUGCCCCGAGUUUCCGAAAAUACCUGAAAUCUGCGUGAAGAUGAUCAGGCGGGUGAAUGAUGAGGAGGGCAUUAGGAAGUUAGUGAUGGAGGUGUUUCAAAACAUGUGGUUCAGUCCGUGCGCUAACUCGACGCGGCUGGGCGCUCUCGAUAUGACCGCAGCCACCGCUGAUCCGCUGACCAGGAAAGUCCUUAACAUCACAGACGUCGUCAUAUCCUCAAGGGAUAUGGGCCUCGAGUGGUUCCAGCAGCUGUUGACGAGCUUAUUCAAGCCAAAAGAAGACAAGGAAGAUUCAACAAAAAUUAUUUAUCAACCUCCAAAGUCACUUUUGGUCGCGUGUCAACAAAUUGUGGACUGCUUGAUUGAAAAUUUACUACAGCUAGAAGAAUCGAGUGUUGAGGGAUCUGCGUCAUCUCAACGCAUAUUAGCGUGCCUUUCAACUCUACAUUUAUUUGCAAAAAUUAGGCCUCAAUUGCUAGUUAAUCAUGCGUUAACCUUGCAGCCGUACCUGAGUUUAAAAUGUCAGAAUCAAUAUGAGCAACAAAUAAUGUCGACGGUGGCGUCGACUCUCGAGUUGGUGGUGCCGCUAAUGGAGCACCCUAGCGAGACGUUCCUCGCUCAGCUGGAGGAGGACGCGGUGAAGCUGAUCCUGCAACGCGGACAGCUCGUCAUCGCCUCGUGUAUAGCGCUGUUAGCGGCCAUCGUCAACAACCUGACGCACAAUUACAAGCUUAUUAGGGACGUUUUUAAUAAAUAUCACGGGGUGCUGCUUCAGUGGAAGCACAGCUGGCAGCGCAACCCGGACGCGACGCGCGCGCACCACACGCGGCCGCACUUCCGCCGCGCGCUGUUCAUCGUGGGGCUGCUGCUGCGCUACUUCGAGUUCACCGAGGCCAGGGUCAUUGAGGGGCUGCCGAACGACAUAAAAGAGCAAGUGUUCUCCACAAUGAUGUUCUUCGUGAGCCUGGAAGACGAAGACUUCGUUUCGCACACGCUCAAAGCGCUCGGCUCGAUAUGCGUGCGGCACUACGAGUUCAUGCUGCGGCCGGAGCUCAAGGACUUCUACCAUCAGCUGCUGACGGCCGACCUCGCGCCCAUCGAGAUGAAGGCCGACGUGCUGAGGAAUAUUGAGAUGUACUUGCAAGAGGAGGAGCAGAGGAUGAUACGGCAAGAUAAAGAAUGGUCAAAGCGAUCGAAGCACGAGAACCUCAAAGAGAUGGGCGACGUGUCGUCGGGCAUGGCGUCGACGGUGAUCCAGCUGUACCUGAAGGAGAUCCUGGGCUCGUUCCUGCACAACAGCACCGUGGUGCGCUCCAGCGCCAUGAAGGUCGUGCAGCUAGUUCUGGCUCAAGGCCUGGUGCACCCUGUACAGAUUGUUCCAUAUUUAAUAUGUAUGAGUACAGACAUAGAAGUUACCGUGUCACACACGGCCGAUAAGAAUCUUCAAGAUAUAGAUAAGAAAUAUCCUGGGUUUAUUCACAUGAAAGCGCAGCUGGGUAUCAAAUUAUCAUAUCAAUUGCAGAAAAUUCUACAAACGAAUAAGAAAAACGUUGUUAUUCGAGGAUUUAGGAAAAAAGAGCAAGAUGAUUUGCCUUCUGCGUUGAAUGGUUUUCUAUAUUCAUUACUGCGGAAUACGCGACCUCAAAGGAGAGCAUUAGUAUUGUCGUUAUUGAAACAAUUCGACGAUGUUUCGACUGCCCCCCUGGAUCAAAUGUUGUACCUGGCCGAUAACCUUAGUUACUUUCCAUAUCAAGUCCAAGACGAACCCUUGUUUAUAAUACAUCACAUCGAUAUAAUCAUCUCAACAUCAGGAUCAAAUCUACUGCAGCUUUUUCGUGAGGGCUUAAUAAAAACAAACACAGAAGAGAGGGAGCCACUAGACGAGGAAGAAGACGAAGAAGAAGCCGAGACGCUGAUGAGCCGACUGCCGGAGAGCACGCGGCCGCUGCGGGACGCCAUGCGCCAGGCGCGCGGCUGCCUGCUGCUGCUGGUGCUCAAGCAGCACCUCAAGCAGCUCUACGGGUUCACUGACGCUAAAAUAAACCAGUAUUCGCCGUCGGAGAGCGUGAAGGUGUACGAGAAGGCGGUGUCGCGGCGGCUGGCGCCGGUGUUCGAGCCCAAGGCCACCAUGGCGCAGCUGCGCGACGCCGACGACGACGACGAGCUCGACGAGCGCGGCCGACGCCGCCUCGUCGACGACUACUUAGAGUUCAAGCAGCUAAUGCUGAAGUUCGACCCCGAGGAGGAGGAGGACGAGGAGAGCCCGGCGGGCGCGGCGCCCAGCGCGGCCGAAGCGCCGCCGCCGCCGCCGCCGCCCACGUAGCGCCCGGCCCCGCCCCGCAUGUACAGUACUUAGGACCCGCUCGAUCGACCCGCGACCGGCGUCGGGCACACUUUGUUUCCCCCCAGAUAGUUCUAUGCUAGAGUUGCGUAUUAUUUAUUGCGAGCCGACGCCGGCGGAGCGGGCGGCGCCGGCCCGUGCGACCGCGACGCGCGCUCGUCGAUCUUAAAUUCUAUAAAUAAGUUAUAUUUGAGAAACAUGAUUUUGUUUUUAUAUUAAAGUCUUGUGUGUAGAUAAUUUUUAUGAAGAAUAUAAAAUAUAUGUACCUACUCUGUUUUGAAUUUUCCGAAUGCUAUCUUUCUGUUAUGCGUUGUUUGAUCGUAGAGCGUCGCGAUUCGAUCGAAGCGUAGAGCGAUGUGCCGAACGCGUGUAUGAUACUUGUGUGCGCGUCAGACUUGUCAGAUAUUCACGUAAAGUUUUGUACAUACUGGGAUCUAUGUAAAAUUAAAUAAUUAAUUAUUUAUGUUGACAUUAGAGGGUACUGCAAUAAACUGCAUUUCUUAU